AUGUCCCUGAGCUGGGGCAUGAGGCCGGCCGAGGGACAUGUCAGGCAAAUGGCCCUCCUCUUACUGCUUGGGCUCUGGGUGUGCCUUUCUCCAGUCCAGUGUUCUCAAGGCCGACCAAAAUGGCGUUACACCUCAUCGGAGGUGGUGAUUCCUAGGAAGGAGACGUACCGGGGCAAGGGCCUUCAGUUGCCAGGCCGGCUUUCCUACAGCUUGCAAUUUGGAGGCCAGAGUCACAUCAUUCAUCUGCAGAAAAAAAAGCUACUGUGGCCCAGACACUUGAUGCUGAUGACUCAGGACGACCAAGGAGCUUUGCAGAUGGAUUACCCUUACUUUCCUUCAGACUGUUACUAUCUCGGUCACUUGGAGGACAUUUCGGAGUCCAUGGUCACCGUUGACACAUGCUUUGGGGGCCUGGAAGGCAUCAUGAAGCUGGAUGAUCUUGCCUAUGAAAUCAAACCCCUCAAGGAUUCGCACAGGUUUGAGCAUGUUGUCUCUCAGAUAGUGGCUGAUGUAGAUGCAAUAGGGCCUACAUAUAGGCAAGGACACAGGCCGCAUACGGGCCCCCUCUUCCCUGAAGCGAGCUCCAGUGUGGCUCCCAGGAUGUCUAGUAGGGACUAUGCUUCCCACUCAGGGGCCAUAAAAGGCCAGCUUCAAUGCUCCCAUUCAAUGUUUCAGUUAAACAGCAACAAUAUUUCAAAUUGUUGCUUCUAUAUGAUAAAGAUGUUUAGUAUAGUUGACAACUUUUUGCUAAGUCUUCAUUUGAGGUACUAUGUUUUUAGUGUAUUUGUAUAUAACAACAAUGAUCCAGCCGCUCUGAAUGAUUUUAGAGUGCCAGGGAGUCCAAUUUACAAUUAUUAUUCACAGCACAUUUAUGAUGUUAUUAGGCCUCAUUUAUCCUGUCUAAUUAAUAAAGAUAGGCCAAGUGAACACGAGUAUACCGUGGCCUCACCGGGUGCGUGCCAACCUCACAGCCUAUUCUUCCUUGGUCAACAAGGCAGACAUUAUCUCUUGUUAGCUGUUUUAGGAGCCAAUCACGUUGGGAGGAGUUUAGGUUUGGACUAUGACGCUGAUAAUAUGCAUUGUGUUUGCCAAAGAAGGACCACCUGCAUAAUGAAUAGGUAUCCGGUGAUAACAGACACAUUCAGUAAUUGUUCCAUUGUCAAUCUGCAACAGAUAGUGGGUACCCCUGACAACCUAGCAUGUCUUUUCAGUGAAGAACGGAUUUAUCAUAAUAAAUCCUGGACAAAGAAUAUUUGUGGAAAUAGUGAAAUAAAUGAAGGAGAGCAAUGUGACUGUGGAUCCUUUAAGCAGUGUUAUGCCAAUGAAUGUUGUGAAACUGACUGUAGUUUCACAACAAAAAGCAUUUGUGAUAAAGAAUCGUGCUGUACAAACUGCACCCACACCCCUGUUGGGACCCUCUGCAGAAAUAUCCGGAACAUAUGUGAUCUUCCAGAGUAUUGUAAUGGGUCCUCCAUCUUCUGCCCUGAAGACUUUUAUCUGCAAGAUGGAACCCCGUGCACUGAAGAAGGCUACUGUUACCAUGGAAAUUGCACUGACCGAUCUGUGCAAUGCAAGGAAAUAUUUGGUGCAAAUGCUCACAGUGCUGAACAAUGCUAUGCAAUAAAUACCAAUCAGUUCCGAUUUGGACAUUGUUCAAGAGAGGAUUCAAGCCUCAGAUUCACAGCUUGUUCCGAAGCAGAUAAGCUGUGUGGAAGGCUGCAGUGUACCAAUGUCACCCAUCUUCCCCGGUUGCAGGAGCAUGUUUCAUUCCAUCAGUCAGUGAUUUCUGGGAUUCAGUGUUUUGGGUUGGACGAGCACCGUUCAACACAAGUAAAUGAUGCUGGACGAGUGAGAACUGGUACUCCCUGCGGCUCGGGAAAGUUCUGUGAUCAUACUGGUUGCACAAAGAGUUUGUCGUCACUGGGUUAUGACUGUGACCCUGCCAAGUGCAAUUUUAGAGGAGUUUGCAACAAUAAAAAGCAUUGCCAUUGCCAUAUAGGCUGGGACCCUCCAAAGUGUGCAAGAGAAGGUAAGGGAGGGAGUGAAGACAGCGGCCCCCCUCUGAUGAGAGUGCGCACAGUAAAACAAAGCUUACAACCUAUCAUAUAUUUAAGAGUGGCCUUUGGUCGUAUUUAUGCCUUAUUAGCAACACUGCUCCUUGGGGUGGCCACAAAUGCAAGAACCAUUAAGACUGAUGAAGAUGAAGAUGAAGAUGAAGAUGAAGAUGAAGAAAACCCUGAGGCAGAGGCUUUGGGGCCUGAAAAAGUAUAG